AUGAAGAAUACAGAACACAUCAAGUCUCUCAUAGGAGAAUUGGAGGUGUAUGAGCAGGAGCUGAAGGAGAAGGUGCAGCAGAAAGAGACAGAGCUGAAGCAGCUUCUCCAGCGAUUUGAGCCCGUCACUACCACUGCCUGUUUCUCCUCUUCGUCCUUUUCGUCGUCGGCUCCGUGGCGGCUUCGCAUAGCAGGCCCAGAAACUGGUGAGAAGGCGGGCAAUGAGGCGGACGCGACUUUGUCAUCUUCAUACAUUACUGAUGAGAGACGGCGCAUUCCUCCACUAUCUCACUACAGCACAGGACCUCUUGGUAACACCCACAAUGAGAAGAGUGAUAGACCCCAAAAGAAGGAUACAUCUGCCUCCAUCGAUGUUGACGCGGUUUCUUCCAUAUCACACGCCAGUACAUCCUCUGUGGACUCCGCUGAUGCACUCACAAAGGCGCAACAGCUUUUGGCUGCGAUUGACACGGCAAUGGGUGGUAAACCGGCGCGUCGGGUGCGUUUUGCGAGUCGAAGUCCCCAAGUUGUGUCGAGCGUCCUACAGUGUGUGGCCUCUGUAAAUCCAGCGAAGGAGACAGAGAAGGGAAAGCCGCGUGGAACCCCGUUGCCGCAGUCCCAGGCCUCCCAGGUUCUUCGAGAAAAGGGUGGUACACGCGUCAACACAGUUGCUGUCCCAAUGCGCGGCAACACCAUUUCACCUGUGUCUCAAGUUGCCUUGGAAUCCAGGGACCACGCGGAUUCGCCGAACCGUGCCCUUGCCGAUGAUGACGACAAGCCAUGUUAUGUACGACGACGACGACGACAAGAAGAACAGAGAAAGAGGGUACAGAGAUGUCAAAGCCAGGCAUCGAGUAGUGAUGAACUCUAUGUUGGAGGAAAUAUUUCGGCGGCGGUAGAGUUGACGAGGGUUACUUCGACAUCAGACUCUGACAUGUCAUGCCCACUACGUCGGUGCAGGAGCGACAGCAGUCAGUUACGGCAAGUUUUCAUUGGCCCUCCCGCUAAGCGUCGACAAAACUCCACUUCUCCUAGUCUCAGCGCUGCUAGGCCUCAUCUUGUAAGUGGCACCCAGGUGGAGGGCAGGGGCGCUGGUAUAAUUCUUGCCUGUGGUCCCACGCUUGUCUUUGACUAA